GCGUCAGCCGCCGCCGUCGGGCGUGUCCCAGGGUGCACCGCGCGGCGGGGCUGGCUCCUGCUGCUGCUGCUGCCCACAGUUGAGUUCGGCCUCGGCGGCGGAGGCGGGCGAGCGGGGUCGGGCUAGGCCGCGCCCCCGGCGGCGGCGGCGGCGGCGGAGGUCGAGGUGGUGGUGGUGGUGGUGGUGGUCGGCGGUCCCCCGCUCCGGAGAGGGCGGAACAUGCGGCUCCGGCUGCCCCGCGGCGAGGCCGGCGAGUGAGAGGCCCGCCGCCCGGGAGGGCAGGAGGGCGAAGCCAGGCAGGGGGCCGCCGCCGCCGCCUCCGCCUCCCCCCGGCCCCGCCGGCCCCCUCCCUCCCCCAGGGGGGGCAAUGACAGCGGCUCCGGGACCCUCCCCGCAGCAGAUCAGGGACCGGCUGCUGCAGGCCAUCGACCCCCACAGCAACAUACAGAACAUGGUGGCGGUUCUGGAAGUGAUCUCCAGCUUGGAGAAAUACCCCAUUACCAAAGAGGCGCUUGAGGAGACCAGGCUGGGGAAGCUCAUCAACGAUGUGAGGAAGAAGACGAAGAACGAGGAGCUCGCCAAGCGUGCCAAGAAACUGCUGCGGAACUGGCAGAAGCUGAUUGAGCCCGUCACACCGAAUGAGGCAGCCUCACGGGGGCUGCCGAAUCCGCCCGGCUCCGCCAACGGGGGUGCUCACAAUUGCCGCGUGGAGACUUCUCCGGGGCCGGUGAUCGGGUCCAAGCCCGCUCAGGACACGAAGAGCCGGAACGAUGUCCAGAAGCUGCACUCGCCGAAACCAGAGAAGCCCGGAGGGAACCGGAAGCGGAAAGGGGAGGCCAGGGAUGGCCCCCAGGGCGCCCCUCCCUCCAAGGUUUCCAAAGCCAGCUAUGAAGUACUGCAGAAUUCUUCCCCUCCCCCCACCAACGGGAUUGGGGGCAGCCCAGAGAGUUUCCCCAGCCCUCCCGAGAGGACCUUCCCAGCGGGGCCAGAAGGCAGCGGCAGAGUGGAGGCGGGCGAGAACGACAAGCCCCCCAAGAUCCCCAUCAACGCGGUCCGGCCUCACACCAGUUCUCCAGGGCUCUUCAAGCCUUCCAGCUCUUCCUCACUGCUCAAGGUGGCCGUGCAGCAGCAGCAGCAGGAGGAGGCGGUGGUGGUGGUGGCAGCGGCUGCCGGCCAGCCCAGGAGUCCCCGUUGCUCCUCGUUCAGCCCGCGGAGUGUCCGGCUGGAGAACUUUGCCCGGCAGCAGCAGCAGCCGCCGCCGCCGCCGACCACCUUCUCCCCCAAAGGCUCGAUGCCCAUCCCAUCCCCGAGGCCCCCCCUUCUGGAUCUGGCCGUGCCCUUGUCGCCCGCCCCCUCUCUGACCCAGCCGGCCACGCCCCCGGCGCUGGCCAAGAGGCUGGAGGCGUCUCAGCCGGCAGGGGUGGGGGCCGCUCUGCACUGCCAGGAGCCCCCCCCAGCCUCCGAAGGCCAGCAUCCUCGGCUCACCGCGGGGGCCUCUCCCGGCGGCGGUGGCGGCGGGCCCGGCUCCCACCUGGUGGAGUCGCUGGCGCUGUUGGCCGGCUUCUCGCCAGACGCGUCAAAGGUGGACAGCGACAGUGCCGCCUCUGGCUCCGACAGCAAGAAGAAGAAAAAGUACCGCCCCAAGGACUACGUGGUCAACUUGGACGGACAGGCGCUGGAAGGCGGGGUCAAGCCCGUGCGGUUAAAAAAGGAGCGCCGGCUGACCUUUGACCCCAUGACGGGGGAGAUCAAGCCUUUAGCGCAGCCCCCGCCGCCGCCGCCGCGGGACUCGUUCCAGGGGGCCCCCCUGGCUCUUGCUGAGCCGCCGCCGCUGCCGCUGCCGCCGCACAGGACAGGCACGCCGGGAGGCCCCCCGGAGGCCAAGGCCCUGCUGCAGAGCCCCUUUGAGCAGACGAAUUGGAAGGAGCUGUCCCGCAAUGAGAUCAUCCAGUCCUAUUUGACCCGGCAGAGUAGCUUGCUGUCCUCCUCGGGGGUGCAGACUCCCGGGGCUCACUACUUCAUGUCUGAAUAUUUGAAGCAGGAGGAGAGCACUCGGCGAGAGGCCCGGAAGACUCACGUCCUGGCUCCCCACAGCAGACCCACGGACUUGCCAGGCGUGACGCGGGAGGUGGUGCUGGAGGACCUGGACAGACUCUGCAGCCACCACUGGCCGGGGGUGAACGGCUGCUACGACACACAGGGUAACUGGUAUGAUUGGACGCAGUGCAUCUCGCUAGACCCCCAUGGGGACGACGGGCGCCUCAACAUCCUGCCGUACGUCUGCCUAGACUGAGCCCCCUUCUGCUGAGAUGCUUUUCACACUGGCAGGUUUCCUAAACCAGGCAGGGGGCCGGGGCACCCCCUCCCCUCUCCCCCCCCCCGUCACGCUGAGUGAGACAGGCUCACCAAACCGAGGGUGUCUGAGAGAGCUGGACCCUGGCAGUUCCUCCUUCCCCGUUUAAAGCAAACCUUUUUUUUAUUUUUUAUUUUUAUUUUGUGAAGUGCUGCUACCAGUUGACUAACACAAUGGCAAAGGAAGGCAUAUAAGGAAGGUUGGCUUAAAAUCAAGAGUUCCAAACUCUCUAGCCCGACAGAGUCUUCAGGAGGUGAAACUUGUUUCCAGCACUUCGUGAAUGCCAGAAUCUGAGGGCGGGCGGGCAGGCAGGCAGAGGUGGGGAAUUGUGGAACAUUUAACACAGUAGUUGAGUCUAUUUAUUUGUCUUGAUUUGGUUUUCUUUAAAAAGAAAAAGAAAAAGAAGGGUACAGCAGUGACAUGUUUUGAGACGAACCGUGCAAAGCUGUAGUUAGGCCAUUCUCCGUGCGCAUCGCAUCUCCCCCAAGGCGCAUCCUCCGAUGCGUCGACUCGGUUGGCAGGAGGGCGCGGCCCCAGGGUGGGGUGGCGGGCCGGAGCGGGAGAGGGAGGCCCACCUUCAGUCCAGCCUUCCACAGACUCUCCUGGAGUCUCAUCUGGUUUCAUUUUCAGUCCAGUUCCAGAACUGCUGCCAAAAGUGUUAGCAACUCUCCCAGCCAGAGCGUGCGUUUCCCCUUUUGCAAACUUUUUAGGGGAGGGCAGGAAUGAGAAUUGCUUUCUUUGUGGGGGGAGAACACAACAAAAAGAAGUCCUGAGGGUGCUACUUGUUUGUAAAUGUCCUGGGAAGGGGGAGAUGGCAGCCUCUUUGUAUGCUGGAAAUAUACUUGUUACCAUUCCUUUAGCUAUUGUUUGCCUUAUGGAUAUCCAUCACCAAUGCGAUUUGCAGAAACAGAGCCUUAGUGAAUGUACAGUAACUAGAACUUCUGUGCCCCUGGGCCGCAGAAGGGAGCAACUUUGCUAUUCGUCCUUUCAGUGGACACGUUGUGAUAUACUUGUGGAAAUAAAAAAAUUUGCACAAAA